CCUUCUCCCAGAAAAUCCAUCCUUGCACAGUGCGUCGUUGCGCAGUGUGUUGUGGCGGUGCAGCCUUUCUGUGAUUUCACUUUUGUCGUGGUAUGCUUCACUCUGCGUGCCGCUGGUGCUAGUCAGGUGGUUCCCAUCGCACUGCCCGGACAUCUUGACCAUAAGAACGGCGUCGGAGUCCAAGUUGCCGUCUUUAACGUCAAAACAGGACACAUCCGAUAAAUCUGCGAUGACGACACAACCAUCCAAGUCGUCGACGGAAACGGUGUCGGACACAUCCGAUAAAUCUGCGAUGACGACACAACCAUCCAAGUCGUCGACGGAAACGGUGUCGCCCAGCAGCAAGGUGUUCCAUUACGGCAUUGAGGAAGUACCCUUUCAGCAGGAACUAAAGUCCAUUAUUGAAGAGAUUCGUUUUGCUGUGGCCGAUGUGGGCUUGUCCACACUUCCGUCAGAUGAACUGGCCAGCUACUUCAACUUACAGACAAAAGAGGACAAGCGGAUGUGCAUCAUGAUGUCACGUCAAGGGUUCCAAGUCGUCGGCAAUGACUACGACGUUCGGGACAUUGAAGACGGACAGUGUUUUGAGACAGUCAACGCUCUGCUCGACUCCAUAAGCCCCACUUACCGGCGUCUUUUUAGUGAAGCGUUGACAAAGAAACUGCAGGAACUGCAGAAAGACAAUGAGAGCACUGACGAAAUGUUAGCAGGCAGCACCAACAAAUAAGUUGUUGCCACAAGGCAAGCUUUUCAGCACUUACCUGUGCCAACUGAACCAUUUUUUAAUUACGAAAGACUACAACCUUGGUGCUGAGUUGCAAGUGGUGCAUUUGUGCCAACCAGUGUUUUAAGUGUGUUCUAGUCAUUUCAGAAUCUCGCCCGCAGAUAUAUUUUCGAAUGCUGCUUGACACAUUCCGGGCAAUAUAAAUGCGAAGUAAACUAUUUGCUAACCCAUGAUAACUUUACAUGUGUAAGAUGCUUAUUUUGUUAUUUAAAGUGCAACUACAUCAUAUAAUUUGGAGUUUGCGUGCUUAGUGACCUUUUGUGCAGCUGGUUAAGAUGUGCAAGAAGCAACUUGAUGACUAACAGUGCUCAUUUUUAUGCCAGCAUUUCAUAUUUUAUAUAAUUGCUUGUCUGCAUAAAUUAGCAAAUUCUGCAAUUAAACAAGCAGCACCUGUUUUCUGA